AUGCCUGCUAAGUUGAGUACAGAAGAUUUCUCGAAAUGGGUGGAACGAAUCAACAUCAACCGAGUGGAAAGUUGUGGCAAGUCCGUGGCCAGCUAUCCCUUUGCCGCCUGUCGUGUCCGGCUUGUGAGUGGGACAAAUGAGUUUAAAAGUGUUGCAGAGACGAAUUUGGACGACAUAUCUGGAGGAGUAGGUUCAUGCAGAGGCUGCAUUGUCUACUGGAUGAGUCGUGAUCAGCGCAUCCAGGACAAUUGGGCCCUGCUCUUUGCUCAACGAAUCGCUUUGAAGUUUUCGGUGCCUUUACACGUCUGCUUUAAUCUGGUCUCAUCAUCUGCUCUACGAACUCGCAGACAUGCCAGUUUCCUCUUGGAAGGUCUUGCUGAAAUUGAAAAAGAAUGCAAGGACCUGGAGAUUGGAUUUCACUUGCUCCCUGUACCUGUCACCAAGUCGAAAUCGGGAGUGAAACGCAGCGCUGAUGGUAAUGUCGUGCACCACGGUUCUGACACGGGGAAAGCGGAGCCGAUUGUUGAUGUUUUGAAACAGCUGGACGCUCGAGUUGUGGUGACGGACUUCUCGCCCCUCCGGGAUGACCUACGUGCAGUGCAAUUUGUCUCAAGCCAUCUUUCUCAGGACAUAUCGCUGUAUCAGGUGGAUGCCCACAAUGUGGUUCCAGCAUGGUUUGCCUCGGACAAACUAGAGUACAGUGCGCGGACAAUUCGUGGGAAGUUGCACGAUAAGGCGAAGCACCUCUUCACCGAUUUUCCACCUGUCAUUCAUCAUCCAAUCCCCUCCAAGUGGGAGGCAGUUGAUUGGAAAGCGAUUAAGCAGUCGCUGGUGGGCCUGGUGGACGAGUCCGUGGAACCCGUGACGUGGGCAAAAGGUGGUGCUAAAGCCGGCUUGUCGCAGUUGUUCUCGUUUUUGCAUCACCGCCUGCGUGCUUACGCGACGCACCGCAAUGACCCCACAAAGAAAGCUCUUAGCAAUCUUUCGCCAUGGCUGCAUUUCGGACAUAUAUCAGCCCAACGUUGCUUGUGGGAGGUGAAUCUACGUCGCAGUUUGCACAAAGAGUCCACGGACGCAUUUAUGGAAGAGGCAUUCGUCCGACGUGAACUCUCCGACAAUUUCUGCUACUAUAAUCCAAACUACGACUCCAUCAAAGGAGCAUGGUCCUGGGCGCAGGAGACGCUGAGAAAGCACGCUAAUGACUUGCGUAAGCCAUCGUACAGCGAGGAGACAAUGGAGUCGGCGACCACGGAAGACGAUCUGUGGAACGCGGCUCAACGCCAGCUGCGCCGAGAGGGCAAAAUGCACGGAUUUCUGCGGAUGUACUGGGCCAAAAAGAUCCUUGAAUGGCACGCGGAGGGGCCAGAAAAGGCCCUACAACUGGGAUUUCGUCUCGAUAACCGCUAUUCACUCGAUGGAACAGAUCCAAGCGGAUAUGUCGGCAAUUUCGCCUCCCGCAGCCGAUGCACCUCCCUUCGACGACCACGACGUUUCGAAAUUGCAUCUAUCCGACAAAAUCAGGAUCUUGAGUGUGAAAGCAGCUUCAUUGCUAUAAACACACAAAGGGCCCGAGAAACCGUUGCCAUCGACUGCAUAAACCGAAAUCCACGCCACCAGAACGGCUGGAAAGAAAGACCCAUUUUCGGCAAAAUUCGCUACAUGAACUUCGCUGGUUGUAAGAGAAAAUUCGACGUGGCAGCAUUCAUUAGGAGGUAUCCCAGGCGAAUGUGUACCUUAUACACACUCGCACACAAGUGA